CUGACUACUCACAAUCCGAUGAAUCCAAACCCGACUAACCCGUAGCCCGAUGAAUCCGACCCAGAAUGAUACGUAACACAGUUGAACCUAUAGCUCGAGUAACUCUUAACCCGAUGAACCCGUACUCCAAUGACCAUUAACACAACUGACUCGCAACCUGACUAACCCGUAACCCCAAUGAACCCAAAUCGAACCCGACCAACCCAUCUGAUUGACACCUAUACCAAAAAUAUGAUAUUUCAAAUGCCAUAUCAUGGCUUAUUUUACACCAUUUUGAUACAUUCUUAGCUAAUUAAUAUGACUUGGUUUUUCUUAAUAAACGUAACAAACAUCCAUUUUGUAGUCUCUGUAGGGGUGGUUUAUAGUGUCGAUACCUUUUGGGGUCUUUUCUCGUUAUUUCAUGGCAUAGGCGUAUUAGAGGAUCGAUGUGAAUAUGGACUAGAUAUUUAGAUUCAUAACCGUAAGGUACAAAAAAAAACUCAUUUUGCACUUUUCCAAAAUGAAAGAUGGCCUAUAAGGACGUUCCUAAAGAGCCUGAGCGACCCAAACAAUUCAACCCAAGAGGUCCAUGUUUUCCAUUCUGACGGCCACAAGACCUCUCUUCAGCCAUAAGAAAAGGAUAAUCACUGAAUAAGUCAUCUCAACUCAACUCCACAAGCUAACAUGUUUACUUUCAUUUCUGUUUCCUGUUUUUGAAAAAACAGAUGUUGAAAACAGGUGAAAACAACAUUUUGUCGUUUCCGAAAACAGCAGGAAGUUGCCACUUUAUGUUUUCAUAGUUGAAAACGAAUAGAAAACAUAAUGAAAAGUAAACAAGUUUUCUCAUUUCGGUUGCCAAAUUUAUGACAUGAAAACAGAUAACAGGAAAGGAAAUUGGAAGUGAAAAGGGUUUGUUUUUUUUGUUUUUUUUUUUUUGCUCUCCUUCGAUAUUUCUGCUUGUUUCUAUAGCAAUGAGUGCCUACUUGAUUCCAUUGUUUAAGUUUGCGGGAAUCGUGAUUGUAUGUGAUGCUGACUCGACUCUACUGUCACUCCAGGAAUUGGCCAAGUGUAACCACUUCCUAAAGCGUAGUAUAGCGGGUUUAGGUUUAAUUAUCAACCCGGGUCCUAGAUUUGCUGACUACUCAGUGAGUUCUUGUUAUCUAGCAAUAAAACUGGAGUGCAAGUCUAAACUACCAAACAAACAAAGCAAGUAAACUGGUUGUAUUCAGGUUAAAGAGGUCACCCGGAUAUGGUUCCCCCUAGACUGCAGUUAAGCCGGAUUGUAAUUACCAAGUUCAGUUUCUAUGACAGUUAUACUGCGGAAGGUUCUUAAACAGCCUGAAGUCUCGACUAAAGGUCUUCAGACCCUCUCAAUCUGACUCUCUAGCGGGCGACUAACCUCCACCGGAGUCGACAGAUUGAGGCCCUAAGAACAAAACCUCCACUACCGGAGUAAAUCCGGUACAGAAUAGUGAGUUGGCUCCUCGACUAAAGUCACCAACUCCCCACCUUCAAUCAAGGAUACUCUAUUAACCUAGGCAGAUAUUCUCAUUCUAGGUUAAAGCAGAAACAACAGGAAUUUGAUCAGGAUUCAAGUCAUUCAAUCAUUAAAACCUCAAUCGAAUAUAAUCAAUCACAGAAUCAGUACUUGGGUUCAUACAAUCAAAGCCUAACAUACAAAUCUAGGGUUCUCCAUACCCAGAUGAAUGGGAGAACUACUCCAUGGAGAAGAAAGCAAAAGCAGAAUCAGACACGGAAUUCAUACUGCAAAGGAUGGAUUCCUGCUUCUGGACGUUGAUUGGCACUCCUCCAAGCUCAAGCUGGCCUCCAAUGGUGUUGAAGAUCAAUCUAGGGCACUUGGGAACUCUUGCUCGUCACUUUCUCUCUCUAGGAACUGAUCUCUCUCUCAAAAACUCGAAUCCCCACGAAUUGUGGCUGAAAUUCUGCUUAAAAGGAGAAAAUCCCGACUCGCACGGCCAGGGUGCACGGCCGUGCACAUCACCAUUCUGGCCGUGCACCUCAAAACGCGGCGUAUCAAUUAGUUGAACCUCAGCCAACUCGCACGGCCAGAAUUGUAUGUUGCACGGCCGUGCGUGGCCACGCACAAUCCCGUGCGUGCCCACGCACAAUCCCGCACGGCCAAACUGGUCGCUUGCACGGCCGUGCGUGGCCACGCUGGUCUGCCCGUGCAGCUUGCUCAGCCUCUGUUUAAUGCUUCGUUUCUCCCUCGUCCGGACUCCGAAUCAAUCGCCGUUUGAUCCCAGACGCUCGUAGUCUCGUCCUCUUUCGUUUCAUAACAAGCUUGCAUGAUUCUUUGUCCAUAAAGUGAGGUAGAAAUCCAUUCUUCUUCAGGUCAUGCCCGAGUUUCUUCUCUCGAAUCGUCAAUUGAUCUCUGAUUGACUUGAAACUUGCGCCUAUGCUUCACUUUAUGUGCUAGGACCUGAAAUGGGACAAAGGAACACAACCUAGCAUAAAAUAGGCCAAAGACGCAAUAAUUCAAGCUCAAACAAUCAAGAAACAAAGGGGAAAACAUGUGCAAAUGCCGAGUCAUCAGAUGCUUAGUGUUUCUUGAUUGCAAAAGGCUGCUUACACUUAGUUAGAAGUUAGAACACCUAUCAUUGAAACUGCUUGCUAGAUGUAGUGACAACAUGCUUGGUAUACUCACAUACCUUAAUAGAUCACCAAGCACUCAUUGUAGCGACAACAAUAGAGUACCUAGGGUUUAUGAUUAAUAGUGUGGAAUGAGAUUAAAACUCGAUGAUAUGUGUGUCUUAUUCAAAUGAAGUAUCAAUCCAGAAACUCUAGGGGAAACAUACCUAAACAACAUUUUUGCUUUUCUGCUUUUAUUCCAAGUUCUUUGAGUUAGUUAUAAAUCAUUAUUUGUCUUUAAAAUUUUGAAUAGUUUAUUUUCUGCUUUGAUUUGUAUUUCGUGUUUUAGAAUUAGGUGUUUUAUGUUUAUGGUAUUUCUUGUUUGUCUUUGACUUGCAUAGAUUGUGUUAAACGUUCACAAAAGAACCUAACAGUCCAUUUAAAAGAAUGAGAAAAGAGUGAUCCUAGAGAAUACGACCUCAAUAAUAUGUGUACCUAUUUAUUUAUAUUUGAACCAUAUCCUAUACCAAAUCAAGUUUUGGCAUCGUAGUCAGGAACUCUCACUUCUUUUUUAAAAGGAUUGGUUGUUUUAUUUUGUGAAAUUUUGUUUGGAGACUUUUUAUUUUUGUUUUGUAUAUGUUUCAUAUGCUUUUCACUCGUAUUUCUUUCUUGAACUUUGCAGGGUAGCUUGGGAUAUGAAAAAGAGGAAACAAAGCCUCUUCACAUCUAGGGACAAAUUUAGGGUAAAAUACUUCAGCUACCACCAGGGGCGAAGGGAGAGAGUUAGAGGGUGGGUCCCGGGACGCACCCUGGCUCGGGUUAGAAAAUGGUCAAUUAGGUACAAUAGUUAAUCGGGUAUGAAAAAUAAUACGUAUUUAAAUGAAAUUGGUAGACCUUUGAAAUAUUUGAUGUAUGAUUUAUAACGAGCGUUGACAUAUUCAAUGUAUUUAUAACGAGCUAUGUACAAAUGAUAAUGAUGUAUAUGAUUCGACCAAAAUUGAAGAUGUAUGUAUUCAACAAAUUUUCACCAAAUCAUAAUUCAUUUGUAAAAAUAAUUUUACUUCAAUCAGGGGUAGGGAGAUUGCAUCAGGUGUUUCCUAAGGACGAAAAAUGAGUAAAUUAGUAUAAUAGUUAAUUGAGAAUGAAAUUUAGGGCACUUCUAAUUAAGAAUGGUUGACCGAGAUAUCAUUUGUUCGAAUCUUUGUAACCCCAUUUGUUAAACACAUGAUAUUCGGAUUUACGUAAACUUUAAGCACGCAUAAGUUGGUUGUAGUAAGUAGGAAAGUGUUAGUAAAUACUAAAUAGUAGAACACUUCUCCUAUACUAUAUAGUAUUGGUGCUUUAAUGUACAACUUAAAGUUGUACCAUAACAUUAAAUGUAUAAGUUUAGGUUGUACCAUAAAGCAAUUUGUACCUUUAUGUUAUGGUACAACUUUACUACUUGAAGUUGUACCAUCACAUAAAGGUACAAGUUCAAGUUGUACCAUAAAAGAAUUUGUACAAAAAGUAUAAGUACAAUAUGAAGUUGUACCAUAACGUAAACGUACAUUUUUAAAUUGUAUCAUAAAGGCAAAAUUCUAUAGCACCAAUACUAUAUACCAUUGUAAAAUUUCUCCUAAAUAGUAUUAGAUUCAUUAUUAAAUCUUUCAUAACAACUCGAGUUAAUGAUACUAAACGGUCUAGACGAAGAACAUGAUUCAAAAGCAAAUGUCUAACUAAAUCAUAAAUAAUUGUUUGAUACAUAUAUGGUGAUAUUUUUGAUAGUUUUGACAUAUAAUUUAAUUUACCAAGUUUUUGCAAAUACAAAAUUAUAUCAUGAACGGUUUAGAAAGCUAAUAAAAUUAUUUUAUCGUAUGUAUUUUUUCUAAAUGGACCCACCCUCGACAAAAUCCUGGCUACGCCCCUGGCUACCACUUAAGUUUGAGAAUUGGGGCAGACAUACCACUUGAGGUUGAAUAGGGCGUCGGGUACCAUUAAAGUCGCUAAAAUGUGCAUCCGUUUAGUUUUUCAUCCAACCCACAAUUGUAAUUACUUUUUGGUACCCAUAAAUUUUAAAAAUAUCCAAAACUAUAUUUUAAGAAGUUUUUAUCUAAUAUAGAAAUUAAAAAACCUUCUAAACAUAAUAUUACUAAAGGACUAAUCAAAAUUGUUAAUAAAAUAGAUAAAUUGGU